GUUUUAAGUCCUACGUUACAGAAAAAAGUAAGAUGCAAAGAUCACAGAGCUAGCAAGUCAGAGAACCUAGAUUCAAACCUACAUGGAUCAGACUCUAAAGCUUGCUUCAACUGAAUGCAAUCAACAACUGAGGUAAAAACUUGGGAGUAUUGUAAAUCUAGUAACAAUAAUGACUACUUAUAGAUACACAAAGAAUUUUAUAUGUAAACUGAAAACAUAAACUUUUCAAAUACUCAUAGAAAGCUUAGCAAUUGACCAUGUAAUGGGUCAAGAACAUAACUCAAAUUCCAAAUAUCAGAAAGCAUAUAGGCCACAUUCUUUGAACACAAUGCAACAAAACUAGAAAUCAACAAUUUUUAAAAAAUUAGAGUAACAAAAUAAAAAAUUAGACUGGAAAAUUUAACACAUCUUUCUAAAUAGUUAUGCUGAAGAGAAACCAAACUUGCUCUCCUAUUUAGAAAUGAACAACAGAUGAAGAUAUAACACCAAACUCCUAGAAUUUGGCCAAAGAACUAACUCAGAAAAUGCUUACACUGAAAUGUUUAUUUAAGAAAAUAAGAAGGGCAGCUGGGUAGCUGGGAAAGGGGUUGCUUCCACAUGAUGUGAGCUUGGUGGGCCUCCCACUGACCUGUUGCUAAAGCAGGCACCCUACCCUAGGCCCGGCAAGGGCCUGUCAGUGUAGAGGGUGCUGCAGGCAGUACCCUCCCAGGUCCUGGCGGUCGAUCUGGGGCAACAGGUGCUGGAGGGCCUGUGGAGCCCAAGGCACACCAUAUCACCAGAGCAGGAGGAUCUGGUGAUGAUGGGCAUGGACCACACGGAGUAUUGCUAUGAUAAGGCCAUGCCACUCAUCUUCAUGGGUGGCAUGCACCGCAGGGGCACCAUGCUGGAUGCCCACCCCAAGAUGUGCUGUGGGAAGGAAAUCAAACCUCCCCCCGCUGCCAUGUGCUGGACAUGCUUCAGAACUGGUCCAAGUCCAGCCAGGAGAAGCUGCAGCUGGACAAGGCAGGCAUAACUGAUGAGGUGCUAGACACAGCCAUGCAGGCCUUCAUCCUGGAGGUGAUGGACAAGCACAGGAGCAGCCCAAAAGCUUUGCAACAAGGACCCCUUCACCCACAAGUCCCUGGUCUAACUGUCAUGCCUGUUCCUCAACUCCAAGUUCCUGCUGAUGGUGCAGGGCCACAAGGCCUCCAGGCGCUCCAUGAUCUUUCACAAAGUCAUCAUCAUAGGCUUCAACCUCAGCAGUUACCAAGACUGCCUCAUCAAGUGGAACAGGACCAUCGAGGUGAUAUACGCCCACUGCAUGGAUGUGGGCAAGGACAAGUGCCUGCCAAUACUACCAGUAGCUGGUGCUGCAUCCCAGGCACUUCCCUCAAGCUCAUCCUCCACUUCCUCUGCAUUGUACACCACAAGGACCUUAUUGGCAAGCCUAGUGGCUAUCUCCCUGCCCAGGAUCCAGCAAUCCACAGACCAGGUCAUCAUGCCUGUGAAUCUGGAAGCACUCCCCAAGUAGACCGGUCACAUCCCUGGAGAUGUGGUAAGGGACAUGGCCCCCAUGCUGGCUGGGCUCAGCAAGGACCCCAACUAGGGUAACCCUGACCCCAUCGUCAUCACGACACAACUGGGUCUUGAAAGAGGACUGU